CUUGGCACUGUGUGUAGUGGCGCCUUAUAGAGGUUGGCACUGUGUAGUGGCGCCUUAUAGAGCUUGGCACUGUAUGUAGUGGCACCUUAUAGAGCGGGGCACUGCGUGCAGUGGCUGUAUAAAACCAAAAACCUGGUAUAAAUAUAGGAUAUAAAUAAGAGCUGCCUCGCAUUGCCCAAACAGAGUUCUGCACAUUGUUUAUUCUUAUGGUCUUAUGUUUAGGAAAUUUUUUGGCUAACCGCUCUAGGUUAGUUUCAGAAUGAAACGAGACCAGAGUUCAUAAGGACAACAAUGAGAGAAAGCAGCCCGUCCUCCAAACAAAACACGAGUCACGAGUUACAGCCCCGCUCCUGUGCCAGUCAUUACAGUUGUUCCGGCGUCCGAUAGAGUGAUACGAGGCAGCGUCGAAGGGAAGCCUGGCUGGUCGGCAGUCUUAACGGAGCAAUUUGUUAUGGUGAAUCGCGGUGAGUGGUAGCGGGAGCUGGACGUCCCCAAGGCGGCGAGUGACGGGGGAUCUAUAGCCUGAGAGCUGGGCGGGCGUGUAUGUGUACUUGGAUCCUGAGUCACGAACGAGGUGGUGAGUGUGAGACGGAGAGUGAGAGCCACGAGGCCCAGCAGGAACCAUGGGCGCCCCACUUUACUCUCGCCUUCUGUUCCUUCUGCUGCUCGCUGCUCUAGUUGCAGACGUCCUGAGCCAGAAGGAUGAGGAGGAAACCACCACUGCUAGUCCCAAGGAGGGAAAAGAGAGUUCAAAGAAAGAGAAAUCAGGCAAGAAGGAAGAGACAUCAGGCAAGAAGAACGAGGACGCUAACUCGGCUUUAACAGAAAUUUUACAAAUUGUGAAAAAUCUGACCUGCGAUGGACACAGAUGCUGCCCUUCUCCAUACUACAACGUGCAUGCUGAAUGCUUCUUCGUAAGUGAAGAAAUGAUGACGUGGCACGAGGCACGUGCAAUCUGCCUUAAAGCAGAUGGAGAUUUGGCUACGCCUAAGCACCAAGUCGCCCUCAAAGAUAACAUUUUUAAAAGUUCGGGCGGGGUGAAGGUGUUUGUGGGAGGCAGAGACGCCGAGGAGAACGGUCAAUUCAAGUGGCUGGACGAGACCAAAGUCCAGGAAGGUGACUGGAUGGAAGGGGAACCCAACAACGAGUGGGACAAGGAGUUCUGCCUCGCGUUUCAUGCUGGAAAGCAACCAAUGCUCUUCGAUAUGAACUGUGAGAAUCCAAUGCGAUUUGUCUGUCAAUAUCAGUUUAAGGAAUAAGACCAGCAGGAGGAUAUACAGGCAGGCAGAAGGACGUUGCUUUGGUGACAUGUUGGUUAGGUAAUUGUUUUGUUUGUGAGUGAUUCAAACACUUGUUUUGGGGGGGGGGGGGGUUAUGUAUCAUGUACGAUCACUUAGAAUUUAUAUUCAAGUUUUGUAGCCCUUUUCCCUGUUUCUUCCCGGCCUCUCAUUCUCUUUCUUGCUACUUGAUUAUAUUGUUUUCCCAUACUUUAAUAUAUAUAUAUAUAUAAUGAAUGAAUUGAAUGUUUAGGGAAUAAUUAUUCAGAAGUGAACUAUAUCUGUGUUAAGUGUUGUCACUGUGAGUGAAUCGACUGUAGUUGUAUGCAUUAUGUACGUCAUGUGUUGUAAAUCAUUCUGACACUCAAUAUAAACCAUUAACAUGGAUGCAGCAUCAAAUGAACACUACUGGACCAACUUCCAGGUGGCCAAGAAAUGCCCAACUUCUGGCCAAGAAUCACAAAUUUUACUUAAAAUUUAAGAAAACUCCAACAUAUUUUUUAAUGUUAUUUAAAAACUCGAAUAAAUAUGUAUAGUAUAUCAUUUUAGUCUUAAGAUAUGUUUUUUAUUGCUUAGUUAUUUGGAUACUGAUAAACGAGGUAUAUUGUAUCUGGUGUUAAAUACGCUGCCAAAACCCACUUCAUCAUUAAAUAAAUCCAACUGAUCUUGCGUG